CCUCCUGCCCGGCCUCUGUAUUUCUGGCCGCGUGCUGCGUGAUCUGCUCGGGACCAGAGGCAGGGACUUCUCCCGCGACCGUGCAAAUAGCAGGAGCACCCCCACCCACUCCACCCCCCCCAAGUGGCUCAACAGGUUGGAGAAACGCACUCGUGCCUUUGGCGAGCAGAGGCCCUGCCGGGCUUUGCCUUUUGGGGGGAGGGGGGUUUGGCCCGCCUUCUUCGGGGUCAAGCUGCGUCCGGUUUUGGGAUUUUAACGCCUCAGCCGGUCCUUUGCUCCUGGUUGGAGAGCGUGAGCACUUCCUUUCUUUGUAGCAGUAAGAAUGGCUUCUGUCAGAACACGGGCGCCUUUGGCUGCUUGUCUUCUAAAUAUUUCGGAAGGAAGGAAAAAAGAUGUUGUUGAAAAAAUAGCGAGAGCCGCCAUUCGUGAGAAGAAUGGUCAGGAGCAUUUCCCAGCAACAGUACUGAAUAUUUUUUCUGAUCAUGACUAUAACAGGUCUGUCAUAACAAUAGCAGCUCCCGUGGACAGGCUAGGCUGCUCUGUAGUUGCUGCUUGCACAGAAGCUUUCUCGUUGAUAGAUAUGGCGUCGCAGGUUGGAAUCCAUCCCUGCCUCGGGGCAGUUGACUUGGUACCCAUUUACCCGUUGUCAGGGGUCAGCGUGGAACAGUGUGGAACAGUGGCUCGAAAUAUUGCAGAGCGCUUGGCUUCAUGUGUGCCUGGAUGCAGCAUAUUUCUUUUUGGCCAUGCGGAUCUCUCAAAGAAGCAAAGCCUGGUUCAAAGAAGAAAGCAGCUGGGGUGGUUUAACCGUGGAGCUUUCCAAGCAACUCAUGUUAUCCCUGAUGUAGGAUCCACACCAACAUUAAGAUAUGGUUUAACAGGUGUUGGAGCCAGUCCCUAUGUGAUGAAUUGCAACGUGACCCUCGACACUCAGGACUUGGCUAAAGCAAAGAAGAUAGCGGGUUCCAUCCGAGGAAGCAGUGCCGGAGGCCUGAAAGGUGUGCAGUCCAUGGCGUUCCCCCACAAGGGACAAAUUGAAAUAGCAUGUAAUGUGGAAAGCCUAGAUGAUCAGAACGACCUGUUGAAGCCUAGGGAAGAGGCUGGAUAUGUUUCGUACAGCAUCCUUGGGAAGACCUAUUAUUACGUCUCGCCCCAAUUGAUAGAGUCUACUGUUCAGAAGUUGGCCAGAGGCUGUGGAGUCCACACCGUUGGGACUGCCCUAGUUGGGUUUACGCCGGAGGAAUGCAAGCGUUGUGCUGUGCAUGCACUCAAACAUGGGAUUGGGGAGUUCUGGAAGGCGAGAGGUGGCAUCUUCAUGUGACAGGUGAACAUUCUGCUCCUUACCACUCUGAAGCUUUCUUUUGGAGGAAGGGACAAAUGGGCCUGGUGGAACCAGGGCAUCCCUCUGUAUUUCUUUUUUUUUUUUAUGGUUGUAAACUCCAGUACUGUCUCAAGCGGUCCUGCUGCCCUGUGGCAGGAAGAGAAAUCCCAACCGUAGGGGAGCACGGAGGACUUUGGGGCAUUUCUUGCUGCUGUCGGUGGAUGCUUCUUAGUUGGAUGUGGUCUGAGGAUCCGUGGGGGUAAAAAUACAAUAGAGAGGGGCGUCCAAAAACAAAGGAAAAAGGUGCCACUCCUCUAAGAAGCAGCCAAACUACGCGGAGAGGAAGAAGCCUGUGCUGCAAUCUGCAAAGAGUGGAUGCCAUCUUCUACCUGAUGCCCAGCUUGGCCCAGCUCUAACAGAAUCAAAACAAUAAGUAAGAAUUAUACACUGUGCCAUAGCUUUUGCUUUCCCAAGUUCUGAUUCAUUACCAGUUCUGCUACAUGCAUUGCCAGUGGUCGUCUGAACAGUUUGUGCAAAUGGAAUGUCUCCACUUCUCACAACUGAUUCUGGGCUCAAAACUGGGCCAUCCGGUCACAGAGCACUG